GGAGGGGACGAUCGCCUUUCAAGAUUGCGACUACAGUUUUUUAAUUCCAGAAACCGCAUUCGCUGAGCCGUUGUGGUAGUUUACCUGAGUAUUCACGGUUCGAUUUCAUUCAUUUGACUCGGGAGGCAGUCGUUCGUCCUGUUUAAGUUUUUGAGGCAAAGUGUAGACUACAUCGCGUCGCUUCAAGAGCACAGCACAGUUUUGUUAAAAGCUACUGUACAUUUUUAUUUUCGCACAAUUGCUCGUAUUUUAUGUCUGAUUUGUUCGGUUUCUGUGCAACUACCGCCAGAGUAAAAUGAUCGAGAGACCAGAUUCUGCAGUUCCCAGCAUAGCACAGAGGAAUCUGGAGGGGUAUGUCGGCUUCGCCAACCUCCCCAGCCAGGUUUACAGGAAGUCCGUGAAGAGGGGUUUCGAGUUCACGCUGAUGGUUGUCGGUGAGUCUGGUUUGGGGAAGUCCACUCUCAUCAACUCUCUCUUCCUGACUGAGCUCUACUCCAAGGAUUACCCCGGGCCCUCCCAGCGCAUAAAGAAAACUGUGCAGGUGGAGCAGUCCAGAGUGCUGGUGAAAGAGGGCGGGGUCCAGCUCACCCUCACCAUAGUGGACACGCCAGGGUUUGGGGACGCAGUCGACAACAGUAACUGCUGGCAGCCUGUCAUUAACUUCAUUGACAGUAAGUGUGAGGACUUCCUGAAUGCAGAGUCCAGGGUCAACCGUAGGCUGAUGCCCGAUAACAGGGUGCACUGCUGCCUGUACUUCAUCGCCCCCUCUGGCCACGGGCUGAAGCCGCUGGACAUCGAGUUCAUGAAGCGUCUGCACGACAAGGUCAACGUCAUCCCCCUCAUCGCCAAGGCCGACACCCUCACCCCCGAGGAGUGCCAGCUCUUCAAAAAACAGAUAAUGAAGGAGAUCCAGGAGCACCAGAUUAAGAUCUAUGAGUUUCCUGAUGUGGAGGACGAUGAGGACAACAAGCUGAUCCGCAAAAUCAAGGAGAAAAUGCCCCUGGCGGUGGUCGGCAGCAACGUGGUGAUCGAGGUGAACGGGCGGAAGGUCAGAGGUCGUCAGUACCCCUGGGGUGUGGCAGAAGUGGAGAAUGGAGAACACUGUGACUUCACCAUCUUGAGGAACAUGCUGAUCAGGACCCACAUGCAGGACCUGAAGGACAUGACUAACAAUGUUCACUACGAAAACUACCGCAGCAGGAAGCUGGCCGCGGUCACUUGCAACGGAGUGGACAUAACCAAGGCCAGGGGUCAGCUGACCAAGAGCCCGCUGGCGCAGAUGGAGGAGGAGAGGCGGGAACACGUGAUGAAGAUGAAGAAGAUGGAGACGGAGAUGGAGCAGGUGUUCGAGAUGAAGGUCAAGGAGAAGAAGCAAAAACUGAAGGAUUCUGAAGCAGAGUUGGAGAGGCGUCAUGAGCAGAUGAAGAAGACUCUGGAGGCGCAGUACAAGGAGCUGGAGGAGAAGAGGAAGCUGUUUGAGGAGGAGAGAUCCAACUGGGAGGCACAGCAGCGCAUACUAGAGCAACAGAAACUGGAAGCCUCAAAGACCAUGGAAAAGAACAAGAAGAAAGGGAAAAUCUUUUGAGCCCUUGUGCUGAUCUCCUUGCACUACACACGUGCACACACACAAAUGCACACACACACACACACACAUGAACAAACACACACACACACACACACACAGUGUGUUUGACAAAAGGGACUGUUUUCUCUUCUGUGUGUGAAGUUAAUGUAAUGAUAUUGAGAUGCUGUAAACAAGGGCGAUAUUGAUAUUGAGAUGCUGCUCUAUCUUUUAGAUACAUACAGAGAGGACUGUUAGAGCACACACACACAUACACACACAAUCUCUCUGUCUUUCUCUGUCUCACUCACAGGCAUACACACACACACACACACACACAAUCUUUCUCUUUCUCUCUCACUCACACACAUACACACGCACGCACACACAAUCUCUCUGUCUUUCUCUUUCUCUCUCACUAACACACAUACGCGCACACACACACACACACACAAUCUCUCUGUCUUUCUCUGUCUCACUCACAGGCAUACACACACACACACAAUCUCUCUGUCUUUCUCUUUCUCUCUCACUCACACACAUACACACGCACACACACACACACACAAUCUCUCUGUCUUUCUCUUUCUCACUCACACAUACACACACACACACACACACAAUCUCUCUGUCUUUCUCUUUCUCUCUCACUCACACACAUACACACACACACACUCACACACACAAUCUCUCUGUCUUUCUCUUACUCUCUCACACACACGUUCACCUGUGUCUCAGGGUGAAGAGCGUGAAGGUGAACAGAAGGUGGGAUUUUGGGCCUAGCGGGCGGAGCAGAGGUGGCGCAGAACGCUUGUUAAAGGGAAACCGGCAGGUGUGGAAAUUUCCGUUCGGUGGCACGGAGGAGUCUUUGUUCCCGCCGUUCUGUCUGAAUUCCUCAAGUCUGCCUCGCAAGAUUGCGUUUUCAAGAAGUCCGUUUAUUUAUAUUUGUUUUUAUUUUUUAUUUUUUACAAAUUUGCCGUGCGUGAAAGCGAGCGUCGCAGGGGAACGCCGUGCGCCCGCUCGUGUAUGUCUAUGCAAACCGAGAUCACGCUAACUGCCUGGUCUGUCUUUCGGAGCGGCUACAAAGGUUAGUUCAGCAUUAGUGAAUUAAUGAUUACGUUUCAGGCGUUCGUUAACGUGUUUGCAGCCCGGGCUGGCUCGACGAGAGGAUAAUAAUUGACCUGGUGUUGUGCAGAGCAGGGUGAUAUCGAACAUAGUUAUAAUAGUUAUAAUGGUGAGUAUAACGGUAAUAAACAGAUGUGCAGAUUUUGGACAGUGGGACACAGAGUCAGUGAAUGGGGACAGCUAACCUCUCUGUUUGUGUGUAUAUAUAUAUAUAUAUGUAUGUUUUAGUUUUCUUUUUUUAAAUGUAAUGGAACUAAAGAUCCCUGUGAGACAGUAGACUCCCGGUAUACUCUUACCCAUAACAUAUAACACACACACACACACACACACACACACAGAUACACGCGCACUCUCGCACACACACAUGCACAUAGACACACACACAUGCAGACACACAUUCAAACGUAUGCACACUCAAAUACAGACACGCUCACAAAUAUGCACAGACAUAUACAGACACAUGCACACAUACACACAUAUACAGGCACACACACAUGCCUGUAACACGACUUCCUGGCAGUGCAGGUGGUGUUUCCCGGGCCCCUGCUGUACUGUACUGUAGACUUGUGAAGUACAGAGGGGAACCAUGGCAACACACUAAGCAGACAUCGUCUCAGCUCAGCACCGUCUCCCUGAACCUGGCCACCUGGUUGCCAUAGUAACAGGUGUCCCAUGUCCAGAGUGUGAGGGAUCCGUGAGCCACUGACAUCCUCGCGUGGAUUCCUUCUUCCUCAGAACCUUUCCAGACAAAACCAUCCUUUUUAAUGGUGGAUAUGACUAUAAUUUACUCUCUAUUUUUGUCUUUUUUUAAUAUGUAUGCGCUUUUCAACUCAUAAUCUAUUUUGCUGUAUUCAUUUAUCACGUUCUCUCUGCUUAACUGUACAUUAUUCAUAUUAAACAUGGAAAGGCUUGGCCAAUGGCACAGCUCCCUUGAUUGGUUAUUUUUAGGGGUGGGGGGAGUGGUAUGGUGGGGUAACAAACAAAGUCUAAGCACAUGGUUCCUGAAUACCUAAGACCUAGAAGGAUGUUUGUGAGAUACAAGACUUACAUUCACGCGUGAAUGGACAGUGAAGCACACACUCAGACACAUAUACCUCUAUCGGGUGAGUUCCUGUUGCUCAGAAUGGAUUUCAACUUUUGUACUUUACCUUUAUUAACUUCAUGCUUGAGUCUGUUUGUGUAAAUGCAUUUUAUUUCUUAGAUGUACAGCAGUGCAUGUCAUAAUGAAGCAGUUCAGCAGACACUGGAGCCACUGCAUAAGCCUAACACAUAAAGCAGACCCCCCCCCCCCUGCCCACCCCCAA